AUGAAGUUCUUUCAUGAUCUUGAGUUGAUAAAUCCCUCCAUAAUCGGAUGGUAUGUUCGUCUCAGGGUUGUGAGGUCCUUCGUGGUUCAUCUCAAUGCUUUGUCUAAGAUAGUCGGCUUGGUUUUGGCAGACGAGCAUAACCGUAUUGAACAAUUGUUGCAUGGUGUGACGGUUGACGCUAUGAUCGAAAAAGAAUUUGCCGACUACGAUAAUGAAUUUAUUGAUGCUGGCGAUUGGAUAACCAUCAUGCGUUUUGGAGUUUAUCCGAACUCGAAUCCCGUUAGGGUAACAUGUCAUAAGUUCAAGAUUUGUUUCUUCAAAGACACCGUUGUUAGGAAGACAACUGUUGUGGUUGCGAAUCCUCAUUACACUUUGACAUAUUUCUCUUCGAUUAUCGAUGAUGAGAUCGAUACGUCGGUUCUAAUCAACUUGGUUGGGGCGAUUCAUGAUGUAGGAGAGGUGGAGAAUACUAGGCGUACACAAAACAUUCAACUGUGUGUUGGAAUGCUUGGCUUCCGGAAAACAAGCUCUUGA